GAGCGCUCAUGUUAAUUUUCACUCGCUCGCCUUGCUGUCAUCGCCCUGGCUGAUAUACAUUAGGGACAGGUCUGGCUGAAUCUGUUUUCAAAAUACUCGUCCUCAAAAUGUGAAAAGUGAUUUUUCCGUCGCCUGCUGUUUUUGUCUUGGAAUAAUCUAUGUGCGAGUCGACAUCACCAACGCAGCUCUUUCCGUGUAGACGAUUGCUGGGUCUACAUCCGGGCUUCCACAGCCGUGUCAGGAUAUAUUGAGGCUAGCAGUAGCCUAGAAAUGGCGAUUUGGAGGGUGGAAAUUCGUAAACAUGAGGAUAUUUGACGAUUAUUACAAAUAUGUCGACAGUUAAAGGAAAACGAUUUACCUUGAAGGGUGUGCUUGACGGGCUUAGAUCGUCCGUGAGCACACCCCCGAAGGCUGAAAUGGAGAUAGAGGAAUCACUACGGUCCGAGCAUUUUCAAGUCUGCAAGACUGUUAGACACGGUUUCCCAUUCCAACCAACUGCCGUUGCGUUUGAUCCUGUUCAACAUAUUUUAGCAAUCGGGACAAAAUCUGGGUCACUCCGAAUACUUGGUCGGCCAGGUGUUGACUGCCAUUGUGUCCACGACAGUGAUGCUGCCAUUAUCCAGAUCCUUUUCCUUGUUAAUGAGGGUGCUCUUGUGACCGUUUGCUCAGACGACAGCCUUCACCUAUGGAACUAUCGGCAGAAGCGUCCGGAAAUUGUACAUUCUUUAAAGUUUCAAAGGGAAAGGAUUACUUUUUGCCAUCGGCCUUUCCAAAGCAAGUGGUUGUACAUAGGCACAGAGCGAGGCAAUGUGCAUAUAGUUAAUAUUGAGUCUUUCAUUCUCUCGGGGUAUGUUAUAAACUGGAACAAAGCAAUUGAACUGUCUCGGAAAACACACCCAGGGCCAGUAGUGCAUCUCAGUGAUAACCCAAUAGAUGCUAGCAAGCUUUUAAUAGGUUUUGAAUCUGGAACCAUUGUGCUCUGGGAUCUUAAGAACAAGAUUGCUGAAACCAGAUACAGUUCCCCGGAGGCUCUCCGUUCCAUUGCCUGGCACCACGAAGGGAAACAGUUCAUGUGCAGUCACUCUGACGGCAGCCUGACGACAUGGGGGCUCAAGCCGACGCCCAAACCCAUGAACAGCAUGUUCCCCCAUGCCAAAAUUGGCAAAGAUGGCAAACCAGACCCGUGCAAACCUAUAACCAAGGUCGACUGGAAAUCAAUCCGAAAUGGUGAGCCACUCGUGAUCUUCUCAGGUGGAAUGUCAUAUGACCGAGCUGGCCGGACUCCAAGUAUUACAGUGAUGAAUGGAAGGAGCACCACUGUGUUAGAGAUGGAACACAAUGUGGUGGACUUUGUGGUGCUUUGUGAGACUCCAUGGUCAAAUGAUUUCCAAGACCCCUAUGCUAUUGUCGUGCUGCUGCAAAAUGAUCUUGUUGUUGUGGAUCUUACGUCACCUGGAUACCCAUGUUUUGAGAACCCAUACCCAAUGGACCUGCAUGAGUCUCCAGUGACGGCCUGUCAGUAUUACGCUGACUGCCCCCCAGACCUCAUACCUGCGUUCUACUCUGUCGGCUCAAAACAGAAGAAAACUGGCUUCACAGAAAAGCAGGGCUGGCCAGUACAGGGAGGAGAGUGGCCUACACUGGCUUGCAGUUAUCCAGAAAUCAUCAUCACAGGACAUGCUGAUGGAUCUCUCAAGUUCUGGGAUGCUUCUGCUGUGACAUUGCAAGUGUUGUACAAGCUAAAAACUGCCAAAAUCUUCGAAAAACCAAAAAAGACGCCGGAAAGUCAAGACGAUGACCCUUUUGCAAUCCAGAUGAUCUACAUGUGUAGCGAGAGUCGUCUGCUGUGUGUGGCAGGGGCAAGUCAUUGCAUGCUCUUCAAGUUCAGCAAACAAGAGGCAAACCUUGAUAUCCCUUUUUUAGAGACGUCUAUUGUAUAUGAAAUCUAUGAUGACCUUGAUUCUCCUGAGUAUGACUACCCCAAGCCGAGUUUGGGCCUGGUGACACAGACCAGUGGUAGCAUGGGCUCCUACUCCAGUAAUACCUCCGACAGUGCCAAGUCCGACCACACGACAUCUGUGAAGGUGAAGACCGGCAGUAGGAAAUGGAGCGCAGGCUACCAGCCUGACCUGGUCUGUGUGCUGACGUGGGUGGAUGGCGAACCUCCGGGCAACAUCACCAGCAUCCUCGUCAACUCCACAUACGGCUUGAUGGCCUUUGGGAAUGAGUCUGGUCUGGCCAUCAUCGACUUUAUGCAGAGAACCUGUCUCCUGAACCUGGGCACCCCUGAUCUCUAUGGUUCUAUGGACCCCUACCAGAGGGCGCCACGAUCUCCACGAGGAAAGAAACCACAGAAUGCUGAAGGUGUUGGUCAGAAUUCCGAGGAAUCAAAAUCACCAACUACAGAUCAGUCCUCGCCUCCCUCGAUGUUUGUAACCUCCCCAGUACCAGCACCGAGAUCAAAGAAAAAAGAUGAUUCUAAGGGUGGGGCCAACGCCCCUCCCCCACGACCCCCUCCACCCAAACAUCGAGCAACUUCAGGCGACCUUAAGGUCAUCACGGAGUGUUCAAUCGACUCAAAUGUGUUUUCGUUACAAAAUGAGCCAUUUUCUCCGUAUGAAAUUGUUGUUGGUCCAGGCGACCCACUGUUUAACAGUUGUUCGAAUUCCGAUAAAGCAGGGGCAACUCUUGCCCCAUUCAGACCAAAGGCACACAGUCAGUCUGGCAGGAGGGAGCUGAGGCAGGAAACAGCUCAAAAUGCUGUCAGUGACACCUCGGCUUCUGAAGGUAUGGAUGAUGGCGACAUCACACCACCGAUUCAUGACCCUGAUUCCAGUGACCUUGACCCACCACUGCAAAGUCAAAAACCAUCGAUCAAGAAGUGUAUGUCAGACACAACGAAAAUCCGAGAUGAUCAAGUAUUACUGAAAACCCGCAAACUGGUUCGAAGGUCGUCCUCUGACCCUGACCUUAGUGCUUUGCCUAGCAACCAAGGACAUAAGAAGUCAUUCAUCAAAAGGAUUCGGAAUUCCUACAAAGGAAGGGGGACGAAGGAAAAGGAUUCAAGUAGCAGUCAUAACAAAUCUGACAGUGACAGUCCUCGAGAAAACGUUUGCCAGGAGGUCACUUCAGGCCACGAGAACCAGGUCACAAUGUGUGUGGUAGGAGAUGAGACUUCGAGUUUGGGUGUGGAACAGUUGUCACUAGCAGAGGGGAAGGAAUGUGAUUCUGUGGAUGCCAGUGGGAAGGGUUUCUUGCGGAAAAUGAGUACAAAAAUUCGUUCAAUUGGUGCCAAACCUCGCGGCAGUGAAGCUGAUUGUGAUGACGAUGGUUUUCAUGUGGAACGGGAUAGGACGAGAGGAUGGAGGGACCAGGCGAGAGCUGAUGUCAUAGACUUGCGGGAAAACGGGAAAAAGCCCCUUUCCCGACGAAUAAGCUUAGUAGACCUUUUCCAAGGCAAAAAAUUAGUGACAUAUCUAUCAGUGGAUUUAUCAAAUAAAUCGGACGGUGUUUCGUUUUCACGAUCUCGGAGUUCCAGCAUGUCUAGCCUGGAGAAUGUGUCGAAGGAAGCCAUCCAGUCCUUGAUGUUUGCUGACUCUUAUACCCGGAAAACAGGUAGAGAAGACAACUUCACAUGCCCAUGCCUGUGGGUGGGAACAAGCCUGGGCUCAGUCAUUGUGAUAGUGUUGAAUCUGCCUCCCACAGGGGAACAGAGGCUCACACAACCAGUCAUUGUGUCUCCCAGUGGGACAAUCUUCCGCUUGAAAGGAGCAAUAUUAGCGAUGUCGUUUCUGGACUGUAAUGGUGUGUUGAUACCAUCAGUGUCCGAGACUUGGAAAGAGUCACCCCAGAGAGAGAACCGAGAAAGCAACGAGAAGGCUCUCAAAAAUAGUAAUAUUGGCAUACAAAGGCAAAUGUCAUUAUCAAAUAAACCACGAAUAUCUCCAACAUCAUCAACAGAGAUGAGCGAUCGCCAGUUUGUCAUCAUCUGUUCUGAAAAGCAGGGAAGAGUUAUGUCCCUUCCAUCACAAACAUGUGCUUACAAAGUGAAAAUCACAGAGACUUCUUUUGUUGUGCGAGCUGAAGUGGUGGCCAUUAGAGAUAGCGUGUGCCUGAUGUGUUAUGUAGCAAAUGGUCAUAUUAUGGCCUUCAGUCUCCCAAGUCUGAAGCCAAUCCUAGAUGUGGACUUCCUGCCCCUCACGGACUACAGGGUAGCCCGAACAUUCUGUUUUAGCAACAGUGGUCAUGCCUUGUAUCUGUGUUCCCCGACGGAGGUUCAGAAAAUAACCUAUUCUGCUGAUAUUAGUGAAACAUUAAAUGACAUGCUUGGGGACUUGUUCCUGGCCUGUGACACUCCUGAUGCACCAAAGCAGGGCUUCUUCAAGAACCUGUUCAGUGGAGGGCCCUCAACACUGGACAGGGAGGAGCUAUUCGGGAGAACAGUGGGAAGGCAUCGAAGGGUUUAGCUAAGCAUGUCCCUGAGGUGGGCUACAGCACCUGCAGGCACAGAGCGGUAAGCUAUCGGGAGAGAUUGCUUUCGGGCCAGGAUGGCUUUGGUGGAGAGAGGUGAGAAGAUUGGCGAACUGGACGACAAGUCAGCCCAAAUGUUGUCCCAGGCAGAGAGUUUCGCUCAAGCAGCACACCAGAUCAUGAGCAGAUACAAGGACAAGAAGUGGUACCAGUUCUAGACAGCGUGACACAGACCUUGCCCACACGCACCCGCCAACCCGGCUAGAGAUUGUUACUGUGGAUACUGCACCAUGUUACCAUGGAAACAGGCACUGUGGUACCCGCACAUUAAUUAAGUAGGCUGCAGUCAAGCACACUUAUGCCACAUUGCCAAAGUCGUGCGCUGUGGCAGUGGAAGAUCACGGGAGAUACAGGGCGUUCCUCAUGCAAUCAUUGAUUAGUGAUUGGCAAGCGAUUGAGAUACGAUUGGGAGAGCUGCAUGUGUUGAUAAGCUUGGAGUAGCAUGAUGGCAUGUUUUGCAGGCUUUCUGUCUGUGAAAAAAUACCUCUCAGAUCUGGGACCAGUGCUGCUCAACACUUCACACUCGUCAGUCCUGUUCUGGUUGGAGUAUGUUGAGACCACGAAUCGGCACUCUGUGAUUGAUCGUUACACCUUGCUGACCUAUUUUGACUUAUUUAUUCCAUUCCCUAAUCAACACAGAUAUAAACUAUGUACCAUAUGUAAGUUUACUUUUAUAAUACUAUAUUUCUAUCUCGGUUUGCAUCCUCAGUGCAAUGGUAGGUGUGAAGCGUAGUAUUAUUACUGUCACCCUUGCAAGGGAAGUAACUCUACUGUGUUGUAUUACAUGAAUUGGUUGUGUGCUCAUUUGCAUCCAUCAUCCUAUAUUGUCCUAGAAAUCCUGGUGUUUGGUUGUUCUAAGGUGAAGGGUGAACACAACAGUGCAAUAUUGGUAAGGAGAGGAAGGUCGCGAUGACCUACAUUGCCAAGACCUGGGUCACAGUGACCCAGGUGGCCAUGACCUUGGCAGGAGAACACUGUUCUCUAUUUAAAUAUGUAUAAUUUGCCACAUGUACAGCAGUGACAUAAGGAGCUGAUUUAAAUUAUUUAUGUUGUAUAUAGAUGCUUCUAGUUUUGUAAAUUCUUUUUGUGGAAGACAUUCCAUUCACUGAGGAAGCGGAUCACCCUUGGAUGACAUAAAUUUUCAUCUUUCUCUGUCAUGUUUUUCUCGCAAUACUUUUGACAUUCUAUAUGCGUGGGGUCUGUGAGAUUCUGGUCUGUAUGUCAGAAGAUGGUGUUGUUUUAGAAUGAACUUUGUCAGAGUUCAAUGUAUUGGAAUCAGAGUGCUGAUGUCAACUUAUUUUUCCUUCCUAGAAAGUAAGUUUACAUUAUCUGAAUGUAUGAAUAUUUACAAAACCUGACCUUAAUUUCCAAAGAUGGUUCAUUCCUGGGUUGACCACUGAACUCACAUUCCAGCAUCUGACCCAUAGGGCAGUACUGAAGGAAUAGAGUCAAGCAGCCAUUUGCCCUCUCAAGGUGGAGUACACCGAUCAGGUCAGACUAUAAUAAUAUUUCCUCCAAAUCGUAAAGAGGACGAGAGACACAAACUAACAGGGUUUCAUCCAAGCUGUUUUGGGGAGAAAGUUUUCAGUUUUAAUUGUACUUGAAAUGAUUAAACUUUGAUAGUGAUAGUAAAUGUUGGUGUUUUAACCCAACUCAAUUCUGGUUGGAAUAAAAUAACUCUACUUUGUUUAGGGUUACUUUUCCAAUUCAAUUUUGGGAAUGGAUUCAGAAGACAAGUUUAAAAUGUGUCUGGCCUUAUUUACAUGUAGCACUGAUGGUACAAAUAUAAUCCUUUGUACUGUUAAAUUAGCUUAAAAAAUUGAAAUGGUUUCACUCACUGAUAAGCAACUGAUGUCAGACUAUUGUUACUAUUCAUCAACCAUCUCUUUAAUGGCCCAAGGGUAAGUUUGGAAGAGUGAAGUUACCUAUCCCUUGAUCGUUGAGGAUGAUGGUCCAUCAACACGGAUUAACAUAGUCACUUUAGGAGUAUUUUCUAGCGUUUAUAUGCUUGUAGGGCAAACAUGGCAAUCCAGGAGUGUUGAUUUGUUUUGUGAAAAAAUAAAUUGGCUAUAUCUCUGAAACUACUUAAUUGUUUACCUUUGAAUAUAUAUUUGUCUAGGGAGUAAUACAAACUUGCACAGCUGGUGAUUGGGGUUGCCUAGUGGUUAAAGCAUUGGCUCGUCACCCUGAAGACCGGGUUCGAUUCCCAACAUGGGUACAAUGUGUGAAGCCCAUUUCUGGUGUCCCCUGCCGUGAUAUUGGUGGAAUAUUGCUAAAAGCUGUAAAACUAAACUCACUCACUCACAAACUUGCACUGUAUUUCAGGGUUAAUGUAGAUAGUAGUUGGUAAGUUAGGAAGUGUUUUUGUUUGGGAUGUAGAAAUUAGGGCUUGAAAUAUUUGUUAUUUUUACUUUCAGUUUCAUUUAGUUUCAGUUUGCAUAUACCAGUUGUCUAGGAUUGUGCGUGACUGUUGACAUUGGUGGGGUGUUGUGGAGUCUCUUUGGAUAUCAUGUAAUAUAGCCAUUUGACUCUUAAGAACCUCUGAGGUGAUUUACACUUAAUGCUUUACGGAGUUUAUAUUCAAACAUAAAAUAUUGCUAGGCUAUGAUAUUUGUUUUAUAAUUUCUCAUGUGAGAUGAAUAUAUAUAUCAGGCAGUCAAUCAUUUUUGUAUUUUUUCAUGGUAAAAGUCUGCUUUUAAUAGAAAUUGUGUGAAAUUCAGGAGGAGCUGGACUUUCGUUGAUUCAUUUUAUGUAGCGGCCAUAAAAUUUCAGUACCGAGAAAAAGAUAAUACAAGAAGAAAAUGUGCUAAUUUUUGAAAAAAGAAAAAUGUAGAUGUUUAUUUACACAAGCAUUUAUGAUACUUCAAAAAUACAAGUCAAGAAAUUGUUUCAAAAACAUAUAAAGUAAAUUUGUACUGAAUGGAAAAAGCAACUGAAAUCACUGACCUGUUGACACUGUUGUGUAGGGCUGCAACGAUUCAGUUCGAUUCAUCAAAAUGGAAUCUGGCACCUUAGUUUCGAUCUUCAAUAACCAUUAUCACUAUUUCGAUUCGAUAUUUGAAUACCUAUUUAAAUUAUUUCCACACAGCCAGACCGAAAUUUUGACUCCAGCAGUUUCGGCUGAAAUAAGGCAAACGUGAUUGGCCAACGCCGGGCUAAUUAUCCAAUGAAAAUUAUUGUUAGUUGAUGAUGCAUUUCAUGCUAAAAAUGCUGACUCUGAGAGUUAAAUGAAAUCUGAUGUUUUACUUGUAUGAAGAAUUGAAUAAAAAUGAUCGAAUCGAGGAUCCAAUAUCGAAAAAUCGAAUCGAAUCGAGGUCUGGGUGAAUAGUUGCAGCUCUACUGUUGUGCUGAAUUAAAAUAUUCUUACCAUCUUCAUAGAAAGUGAGGGAAAUAUUGUUUAUUAUGUAAAAGGAAUUACAGUUUGAUAGCGAGGGAGGCUUCUGGGAAAUUAUUUACAGGUGUGGAGUCCUCUGCAGGGGUAUGUGUGUGUAUGUUACUUGUUAACUCAGGGCUCGCUUCAGUAUUAGAUCGUAGCUUUGCUAUAGUACAGGGCUAACAGGAUGUACAGUGUAGCAGCUUUUCAGACUUAAACUACAGUAUAGCAAAUUGACAAUAAAGCACUGCUGAUGAAAUAACAUGUGGACAUUUGUGGAUUAAUACGCUAAUUAUUGAUAAUUCCUUCCUUUAUUUGAUUUGCCUGCUAACAAAUCAGUGAAUAAUGAUCAUUUUGGUUUUUCAUGUUUAGAAAUCGAUGCUGAGAUUUCUUGUGUUGUUUUGGGUGGUUUAAUAUGUUUAACUGGAUUAGUAAAGGCCACAUGGAUCAGUUGAGAUGUCAGUAUCAAGUGGGAAACCAGGGUAUAGGUUUUUAAUAUAUUUGUAUCCUAUCAAAUUAAAUUAGAGGAUUUCGUUUCAUAUUUAAUUUUUGUUGAUCUUUGUUUUAUAAAUAUUGCCAUUGAGAACAAUGACAUCGUUUUGAAAUUAGUAAUGUCUGAAACUGUUUUGGAACGAGGUUUCAAAUGAUAAAAGUGGUAUCAAAUAUUGGCUUAUAUUUAAACCAUUGUUAGUUUGAUCACUCAGGUUCUAGGUUUGAAUCCUCAUGGUACUAUCAAAUAUUGCUUGUGAUGAGACAUAAUGUUAUAUGGGUGCAAUGUUGAUAUGUUAUCUCAGUUAAUUUUCACAUCAAAAUAUCCUUUAUUUAACUAUUUUGUUGGUUUUGGUCAAGAUUUUAUUUCAUAUACUGCUUUCGAUUGUAAUCUCAACUUCGUUAGUUCCAUGUGAGACAGGGAAAGUGCCCUUGAAAAACAUGUGGGCCACUAUAUCAUAAAAAAGAAUUUUGAAUUAUUAUUAUGUGUAAGAUCUUGAGCAUCCUCUGUGGAAUUCAAACAUUCCAAGAUAAAGGUGAUACUUUGGCAGUCCAGUUUAAAAGUAUUUGUAUUUAUUAUGUGACAUAAAAGCGAUUUAUUGUUGGGUAUUUUGACAAUCCUUGAAAGUGUGUGGAAUACAGUUGAUGUGGUCAUUAUUUAUGUGCUUGUAAGAAAUUUCAUUUAUGUGAUUUCAUUGAUAUAUUCAGUGUUUCGGUCCAGCCAAAGGAAUUCCACAAAUAAUAAUUAUUCAUUUCAGGUAUUUCUUAAAAUUGUUUUUUUACUAAAUAUGUGUCCAAGAUCAACCAUACAGCUUUGAAAAAAUACAACUUUUAAAAAGGAAUGACCUAAGGAGUACUUACGAGUAAAACUGUUAAACUGUGAA